AUGAACCAUCAAAACGGAGACCCGGCAGCUCCACCUGACUAUCCCGUCCCAAACGUCGGAUAUAUGGCAGCACCAGUUCAGCAACAAGUUCUUCAAGUCAUCAAUUACUAUCCGUUCCCAAACUUCCCACACUACGCAGCAGGUCUUCCGUUAGCUCAAUUCCAGCUCGUCCUUGUUUUUGUGCCACCUGCUGCUUAUCAAAUAGCAGUUUUGGUUAAUUAUCAAGGAGGUCAACUUCUUGCUGUACAAUAUGCGUUCCUCCAUGUCCAGCUAGCUGCGAUAAUUCCAGUUGUUCCAAUUCCCGGAAUUGCCCCGGAAGCUGAGAGAUUCUAUCAUAUCAACUUUAUCUAUUUUCUGUUUACUUUAUAUUAG